AUGCGGAGGCUUCUGCUCUGUCUUGCAAUUGGAUUGGUCAAUUGUGGGCCAAAUAAUGAAGAGAUUUUGAAAAGUAGGACAUGAGUAAGGUUAUUAAAACAACUGCUUAGAGAUCCAAGAGGAUCCGGUGAACGCCUUUCUUGUACGUCCAUUUGAGAAGCCAAAGUUGGCGUUCGAGUUGGAACGGGAGGACAGGCUACCUCGGGAUGUGGUUGUGCAUUCGUACGACAUACGGAUUGAACCUUUCUUCGACUACGUAGGCUUCGAGUACGACAAAUGUAAGCCCAUUUGUAAUCCCGGCGCUGCAAACUUUUGGGUCAGCGACAGUUCGGGUUAACGGUAGAUACUAUGGAUCGGCUCACAGGGGAACUACCCCAAGUGCGACGCUCAGAUUUCGAUGAAACUUGGUACAAAUAUAGAAUAUUUUUUCUAAAAAAAAAGAGAAUUCUUGCUUGCGCUUUGCAGAAACAACCGAGAUUUUUAGAUCGAAAGUCGGAGAAAAUUUAAGACUCUGACGAAUUUCGGAACAAAAAGUUUCAUACCUAUUUGUACAAUAAAGGGUAAUGUUUCCACAAAAAAUCAAUAUUUUCUUUUUUUAUGAAGCUUUCAAAGUUAUGGACAAAAAGUGGUUUUUUUCUCUGGCCGCGCGAGAGAAAAAAGACGCUCCGCGUUUAGGCCGCGCUCCGCGUCUCUCUCGAUGACAAAGCUCGUUCAAUAUCUCAGCGGCGCCGGAAAAGCGCGAGCUAGAAAUAUCAGGAAUUGUUAUUUGGUUCAUGCUCGACGUCUGUGCAAAAUUUAAAGAAAAUCGGAGCGUCGCACUUGGGGUACUUUCCCUUCAAUAUCACAUUUUUUGAGGUAUUUUCAAAAGUACUUACAUCAAUAAUAUCUAGAUAAAAAUUACGGAUCUUCAUUUUGUGCCGCAAAUUUUUGUUUUUUAUAUUUUUGUAACAAUAACUCAGGCUAAACAACACUAACGUUAUUAAUAGCCAAAAUUCGAAAAAUGGACAUAUUGCAAGUCUCCGCCGAGCCUUCGCCGAUCUUCCGCCGACCAUCCAACGGGUUUGUCAGGCCUCGUAGGCACUUUCUACAACCUUUUUUGAGUAUCACCUGCCCUACACCCAGUAUCGAUUGAUUUUGUGUACACCCAAACUGUCAUCGACCUGAAAAGUGGGGACGUGGACUUUUUGGCCUCCUCGAGGCUCCCCUGUGUUACUUUUUGCCCGACGAAACCGUCUCUCUUUCAGCGCUUCGUAACUCUUUCAACGGAGAAACCAAGAUCGUAUUCUCUGUCUUCCAACCCACUACCCAGAUUGUGUUGGCUUCAUCGGUCUAUCUCCGAGCGGUCAGCCUUACCUUGGGCCGCCAAAGAAUCAAGGUUCUUGAUUACAAAACGAAAGCGAAAUCACUUUUGGAAGUACGAACAGAAAAGCUGGCACCAAAUAGAAACUACACGCUAAACUUUAAAUAUUCAAAAUAUAUGGGGCGCCCACUGUUUGGCGGCCUUUUCACUGCGACAUACCGGAAUCCGGAAGGAAAUUUUACGUGAGUUUCGGACACGAGCCAACUAGAAGUAUUUCGAAAAUGUUGUUCUAGAUCAUUACUAGCCACAAAUUUCGACAUGAUAUUUGCGAGAAAGGCGUUCCCGUGUUUUGAUGACCCGUGGUUCAAAUCCGUCUUCCACAUCUCCCUGAUCCACCCGAAGAACGCCAGUGUGUACAGCAAUCAGCAAAUCGCGGAGCAGCGGUAUUUUGAGUAAGUUGGGAGUUCAGCUGCUGCGUGGGCAGCUGAGAGCAACGCAAUUUGAUUUUGCCGCGACACAAUUCAUUUCCUCGGCAUCGCCACACUUGCGGGCAACCAUUUUGCUUGCACCUGACAUUUUUCGAUUAGAAUUACGAUCUUCUAACCGUAAGCUAUGUAGUCCGACAGAAAUUUUGCAUUGUCAUCUUCCUGGGACUGAUAAGUACACGAAUCUAUUAAGUUCAUCCACUGCUUUCAAAGUUAUGAAAGCUUGUUUUCAAAAAAAUCGUAGAGGUGUCUCUGGUUAACCGUAAGAUGACUAUUCAAGUUACUUAUACACCUCGAAACUUAAUUGGCAACAUCUAACAGCCAAACCCAUCGCUUGACUAUCCUGUUGUAAGUAAGUGUUGGCUGAUUUCCAAACGUGCCCGCAGAAUCUGCGCGGUUCUUCAAGCUGCCCGCAAAGUGGUUGCCCACAAGUGUGGGUUCUCCAUCUCUUCGGCAGCUAUAUAUGCGAUUUUCAAUGCGGCAGUGCGCUCAUUAUUCACCUGACAGACUGUUGAAAGCGGCAUGUUUCAGUGAGCAACGACUUCUCACCAGAUUCAAGCCCUCGCCGAAAAUGUCCACAUAUCUGGUCGCCUUUGCUAUCGGCGACUUCGAGGAAGUCCGUGCGUAUUCGAGGAGUGGAGUUUUGGUAGGAAAAACUCUGCCAAAAUACGUACGGUAAAUCUCGCUUUUGCAGAACCGAGCAAUCUCCGUGCGCGGCGGAAACCCCUUCCACAAAAACGACUCGCUCACCGGCGCUGCAGUUGUGGAUGCGAUGGAGGGCCUGCUCAAUGUCAGCUAUCCGUUGGAGAAGCUGGGUAAGAUUUGCAACUUUUUGAAAUUUGUCAAUAACUUAAGCCAUUCGUUGAUGAUUUGCAGACCAUUUGGACAGUUACGAAAUGCCGGGGGCCGGGUGAGUUGGGGGCUGAUCAUUUAUGGCGGCUUCAUCUUCGAACGCCUCGGGAAGAACAUUGCAGAGUUGGUCCUCGAAAGAAGGGUCAUUAGUCAUGCAACAGCACAUCAGUGGUAAGGGAAACCGAAAAAAGUUACGCAUGAAAAACAUCAUUUUAGGUUCGGAAGCCUCGUCGCGGGCGACCGCUGGGGCUUGGUGUUCCUUCACGAGGCUUUCGCCACUUUCUUCGAAACCAAAGCUCCCUUGGAUCCGGGUUUCACGUAUCUUGCCGUAAGCUAAACCUUUUUAUGAAUCCAUUUUUUGCCAGGAGGUUGCCCAAGUCCCACUGAUUCGAGACGCCGUUGAAAGGUAUUCCAAAGCACGGCAUCCCAUCGUCGACGAUGAUGGGAGUACUUAUUCCGUCGGUGGGGCUUUGUUGACAUCGGUGCGUCAUGCUCUUGGGGAUAGCGUCUUCUACAAAGGGCUACAUAUAUUCGUGACCGAAAACAAAUACGGUAGUGCGGGAUUGGACGAGUUGAUUCAGAGCUUCAUCAAGGUGAGGAAGGCGUUUUCAGGAAUGGCUCUGCAGGGACAAGUUGUUAACGCUUGCUGCGACUAGACAAGACAUUUCCCAAACCCCCUUGCAAGAGACACCCAAAAUUCGGAGAGCCGUAGCGUUGUUCAACCAACAAUACUAAUAAUAAACUAAUGAUUUAACGAUUAUUUAUGUAGGCCAAAGGGACCGACAAGCUUUGUGGUUCUCUAACCGUCACCGAGUAUUUGGAAGACUACUUUCUUCGGGCCGGCUCUCCGAUAGUCAAUGUUUCACUUGAAAACACUCGGUACACAAUAGAGCAAGACUCCGCGGCCAACGGCGGCAAGACGUGGAAUGUUCCGGUUAUUGUUCUGGACAUUGCAAGCAACAAAGAACAUCUUCUCUGGCUUCUCAAGGACAACAGUCUUUGCAGCCCAGACAACUCUAAACUAGACGCUCAGAAAGCGUACAUCUUCAACAACGAAGGAAAAGGCUUUGCAGUGUUUAACCUGGACGUUAGAGCGGCGGUGAAGACCCUCGAAAGUGUCAAAUUUGUGGAGCUCUCCGUUCACAACAUGCAGCAUCUUCUGCACCAUGUUCCCACUGGCACAAAUCAUGGCGACGCCAGCGAUAUCGCUUACAGGGCGAUUGUGGAGAAGAAGAGUAAAGUCCCGUACUUCCUGUUGAAACACGUCGACGACGAGGUGAGUGGAAAAGCGCAGAGGAAAGACGUUUUUCAGAGAAAAUUGGAGGUCUGGAACAUACUCAGCGAUGAUUUCGAUUACAAACCUACAGUGGAGAAUAGGUGGGUUUGAGGUCGAGUUGCACGAGCGAUGUACACAUUCAGGCAUAAUUCACUAAAAAAUUUGGUUCGCGCUUUCCAAAAGGCGGCCGAGAAAAAACGCGAGAACGGUCAGAGAAAGAAACAUUUUUUUUUGGCCAAAUCUUUUGUGAUGAAAAAAUCGAUUUUUUUGGGGAAAUAUUACAUUCCGCGGUAGAAAUAGACAUAAAACAUUUCAAAAUCCGCAAAAAAAAUUUCUCCUUUUCCCACUUUCUACCUAAGUUUGUGGUUUCUAUACAGCACAAGCUAGGGAUGCCCCUAAAAUCGGCAUACAGUGGGGGACCUUAUCCAGUGGCAAAAAAGUACCAUUUCUCAUCCAGGAAUUGACAAAAAUGUGGAAAAAUGCUUCCCUCCCCAAGUGAAAAAACUCCGAUUUCAAAAGCGCGCGCGCUCUUUUUGUGAGGGGAAGGGCGCGCCCUUCAAAACGGAGGUUUUUACACUUGGAGAGGGAAGCAUUUUGCCACAUUUUUGAAGCCUCCCGGAUGCAAAAUGGUACGUUUUUUGCCACUGGAUCGGGUCCCCCACUGCAACACAAAACCAUAAAUUUUCAGACUGCUCGGCCAGUACUUCCUCUACUUCGCUGUUCGAGCCAAUGUUACAAGCGCUGUACGAGAAACCGCCAAGCUUUUUGAGCAAUUCACACAGGAUUGCGCGGUCGGCAAGGACAUUGUGGAAUGCCCAAGGUGAGGAAGUGAAAACAAAACGAAAUCUGUUCAGAAUUCCUCCGGAAUACCGCAGCGCAGUUUACGAUCAAGGCGCCAAAACCGAAGAAGGCCUGAAGUUUUUGAGGGAAUAUCGAAAAAGAAUCGAAGCUCAUCCCUUGGAGAUAUGGAUGACGCCAGAACAAAACCGCCUCAUACCGUACUAA